AUGUCAAGUCAAUUAGCUCCAAUUCCAAUUUUAAAUCAAAAUGCCUCAGAAGAAAGAGGUGAAAUUGCUCGUUUAUCAUCAUUUGUUGGUGCUAUUGCAAUUACUGAUUUAGUUAAAACCACCUUAGGUCCAAAGGGUAUGGAUAAAAUUUUAAUUUCAGCAAGUAACCCAAAUGAACUUAUUAUUACAAAUGAUGGUGCUACCAUCUUAACAAAGAUCUACAUUGACAACCCAGCAGCAAAAAUUUUAGUAGAUAUCUCUAGAACUCAAGAUGAUGAAGUUGGUGAUGGUACAACAUCAGUAUGUGUUUUAGCAGGUGAAUUAUUAAGAGAAGGUGAAAGAUUAGUUGCACAAAAAGUUCAUCCACAAACCAUUAUUAGUGGUUGGAGAAUGGCACUCGAAGCUGCUCGUGGUGCAUUAACUACCUCAACCAAUGACAAUUCAUCAGAUAAAGAUAAAUUUAGACAAGAUUUAAUCAAUAUAGCCAAAACUACAUUAUCAUCAAAAAUUUUACACACAGAAAAAGAACAUUUCGCCAACAUGGUUGUUGAUGCAGUUUUAAGAUUAAAAGGUAGUACCAAUUUAGAUAACAUUCAUAUUAUUAAAAAGAGUGGUGGUUCAUUACGUGAUUCAUAUUUAGAUGAAGGUUUCAUUUUAGAAAAGAAAAUUGGUGUUGGUUGUCCAAAACGUUUAGAAAACCCAAAGAUUUUAAUUGCUAACACUGCUAUGGACACUGAUAAGAUUAAAAUUUUCGGUGGUAAAGUUGUUGUAGAUUCAAUGACCGAACUCUCCAAAAUAGAAGAAGCUGAAAAAGAAAAAAUGUUACUUAAAUGCAAAAAAAUCGUCGAUCACGGUAUCAAUUGUUUCAUCAAUCGUCAAUUAAUCUAUAACCUUCCAGAACAAUAUUUCGCUGAUAAUGGUGUUAUGUCAAUUGAACAUGCCGAUUUCGAUGGUAUUGAACGUUUAUCCUUAGUUACUGGUGCCGAAAUUGUUUCAACCUUUGACCAUCCAGAACUCGUUAAAAUUGGUACCUGUAAAUUAAUCGAAGAAGUUAUGAUUGGUGAAGAUAAAGUUAUUAGAUUCUCUGGUGUUCCAAGUGGUGAAGCUUGUACUAUUGUCCUCCGUGGUGCCACCUCACAUAUCCUCGAAGAAGCCGAACGUUCAAUCCAUGAUGCUCUUUGUGUUUUAGCUGUCACUGUAGGUGAAACUCGUACUGUUUUAGGUGCUGGUUGUUCCGAAAUGAUUAUGUCAAAAGCUGUUGAUGAAUUAGCUGCCAUCACUCCAGGUAAAAAAGCUAUGGCCAUCGAAUCAUUCGCCAAAGCUCUUCGUCAAAUUCCAACUAUUAUUGCAAACAAUGCUGGUUAUGAUAGCUCCGAAUUAGUUUCACAAUUAAAAGCCGCUCACUACCAAGGUGAUAUCAAAGCUGGUCUCAAUAUGAGAGAUGGUUGUAUUGGUAAUGUCGAAGAAUUAGGUAUUGUUGAAUCAUUUAAAGUCAAACAACAAGUUUUAAUCAGUGCUCACGAAGCUGCCGAAAUGAUCAUGAGAGUAGAUGAUAUCUUAAGAGCUGCUCCAAGAAGAAGAGAACCAAUGCGUCAUUAA